AUGGAAACGGCAACCACCCCCCCAAUACCCCUUUACUACCAAACCACCCCAGAUACCCCAGAGCAAUGGACACCAAUACUUUCCAAAUCAUGCACUUUCACUCAAGAGAUAUUCACCUCGGUAAUGCACGAAAUGAUUCUCAAUCCAAAUUACAAUUCCAGCUGGAUUCUACGAGCCGAUAUCCUAUCCGAUAGCCCUGCACCCCCUCUCCAACUAGAGGCGGGUAUUCUUGGGCCAAUGCAAAUACCAAAUUUUACACCAAAUCGGACCAUUCUCCGCCGCUUCAUACCCAGAAAUCCACAGCGUGACGCAGCGGCAGAACAAACGUGCACAUUUUACGAGGAGGGCCAAGAUAGGCACGCGCUAGUAGUAUACCAAUCCCACUCCGAGACUCCCGGAGGGCUACCAUAUUACCUGCCGACAGUGCGGGCGCUUGCGUUCCAGUAUUCGCAGGAUGGGGAGGACAGUAAAAGCGUCUCGAUAUACUACCGCUUAUUCCCAGACGUUCCUCUUAACAACCGGCUGGAAAGAACCGCCCUCCAUCUCCUCACUAGAAUCCAUAAACUCGGUAACGGAUUCACAGCGGGAUAUAAUAAGCGAGUUCAUCACGACCAGAUAAUCCCAAGAGAAACCUUUCAGACAACAUACCUCUCGCUUCGCGAGCGGCAUGCAAAGCGGUUAAUCGGUAAAUGGGUGGAAAAUACUGAUCCUGGGAAACACGUCUUCGAAGAUAUCCUCAUCGCUGCAUUCCUAAUCGAGUUGUGGAAGGACAUGGGCCGGAGCCUAGAAGCCGGCUUCGUGGACAUUGGCUGCGGAAAUGGUGUGUUGGUGGACAUCUUGAUCAAGGAGGGGUACGCAGGCUGGGGCUUCGACGCUAGAAGACGAAAAACUUGGGGUGUCCUCGGCUCAAGCACGGAGCAAAACCUUCACGAGAUGGUCCUGAUACCACGGCUGCUCGAUGGGAGCGUAGAUGAUGGAAUCCAUGACGGCGUCUUCCCGGCUGGAACUUUCAUCAUCUCCAAUCAUGCCGAUGAAUUAACUCCCUGGACACCGCUCUUAGCUAAGGACUCGGAGUGCCCGUUCUUGAUGAUUCCCUGUUGCUCGCACGACCUGUCCGGUCGGCGGCAUAGACAGGCGGGGAAGGGGAGUCAGUAUGCUUGCCUGGUGGAGUGGGUGGCUAAGUUGGCGGGGGACGUAGGAUGGGAAGUCGAGCGGGAGGUGCUGAGGAUACCGAGCACGAGAAAUGUAGGGAUCGUUGGUAGGAAGAUAGGAGAAGGUAUGAAGGUCGAAGAGAUACUGCGAAGGGAAGGAGGCGGCAGUGGGUGGAGUGAACGGGCAUUGUCGUUGAAGGCUGGGGGGAAUAAGGGACAUUAGAUGGGUUCGAUUCAAGGUCUAACAAGGCACUUGGGGAUACGAGUGCGGCCGAUAGAUAUAUUCGUCACGUGAGUCUGAUAAGAAAGUUUCGGUGCACCUUUUAGCUGCGAUUUGUCCUUAGAUAAGGCACAUGACGAAUAUAUUUAUCGGCCGCACUCGUAUAUUGGCUGUACAUGUACAAACUCUGAUAAUCAAGCGGUAGACGUGGGGGUAGGAAUACAAGAUCCGAGCCUGUAAACGAGUAAUCUCAAUUGCUAUUGUAGG